AUGACAACACUCAUUAGAGGUUCCUCCUUAUCGACAGUAGAGACGGCGGUAGACGAAGAGAAGCAUUGGGAUCCCCGGGCCAAACUUGACGCAAACAUCCCCAAGCCUUUCCCGAGUCUUGAAGAGAGGGAACAAGAGGAGUUACUUGAGGAUUUGGCAGCGGAGGAAUUGCACUUCGAGGAUGCUGAUGCGUUCCCUGGUCGAGCCGCGGAGGGGUUGAAUGCAGGAGCCGCUACUGCCGAUGUCAAAUAUCACCCCGUGUACGACCGCCCUGCAUCCGCAGCUGCACAGUCUCCACAGGAGGAUGGUGGAUCAGGCAUAAGACAUGCUGAGGCGGAGCUCAUGCCUUCCAUUGUCCACGUCCAGAGAUCAUGUCUUGCGACUCUGAAUGACCUUCUUUCGACUGCUGCUAACUGGCGCCCUAUCAUUCCAGACCGCCGUCAUUCCAUGCCUCCAUGUUCCCCGGUCUCCCGUACCGUCGCCGACCAAUCUUCAUCGGCGUUACAUACUCUUGUUCUCAACCUUCGUGCUCACGAGCCUGACGCGACCGCAGUACACCGUGCUUCUUUAUCCGAUGCCGACGAUGCGGCUCUUGUGGGCGAGCUGCAAGAGCGCGUCGACCGCCUCGUAGAUUCCGACACACUUUCCCAACACGACAGGGCUCUCGCCCAAACACUGAUCUCUCUCAUCGCACAUUUUCACCGACUUGCUGCCCUGUAUCCCCGUACCAGUGUCCCCACAUCACCGCGUGUUGCAUCGUGGAACCCGCAUACUGUCUCUCCGUCUUUGUCUGCCGUCCACGAUGGACCGAGCGAUCCAUUUGUGCACUUCCGUCGCCAGCUGAGCGACUUCCAACUAUCGCGUGGGGAAGGAGUAGCUAUGCCAGCCGUGUCACCAGUUGAGCUAGUUGAAACUACACUGUUGUGGGCCCGCGUGGACGAGGAGCUGGAACAUGUCCUCAAUCUAUGUAGGGCCCGCACGACCGAAGACCCCCAGAUCCUUGAUACUGAGCUACUCCCGCCGGAAUACGAUGCUGCUGGGUAUGAUGAUGAACUAGACUUUACCAUCGAGAGUGAGGGGCUGCCUGAAUAUGAAGUAGGACAGUGGUCAGCAUUAGAUGCCAAGACGGCUUCGCCAUCCUCAAAAGCUAACGAGCCAGAAACGUCUAGUCCAGUGCUUGGGGGAGCGGGGGGGCUGAGCGAGAAGAUGCGUUUGGAUCUGGACGCUGUCACUCUCGCGAUUGACCGGCUCUAUCUUGUGGCCCCUCAGUUGCACAACCAACGUGUUGAGCUGAAGAAGGCGAAGGUGGAGCAAAUGGAGAGGGCACGGCUCGAAGGGCUGUCUUUGAAGCGGGCGCGGGUGCGCGAGGGGAAGCAAAGAGCGGUGGACACGACCGACUCGCAGGAUUUGGAGAGGAUGCUGGAGUUGAUUGGACGUGCAUCUCAGCGCAAAUUGGUCAAUCAAGCGGUUGCGCUAGAGGACGGGCUCAAGGCAAAGCUUGAGAACGCAAGGCAACGCGACCUUGAGAAGCGUGAUGCGUUUGUCGCACAGCUAGUGCACCACUCCGCAGUAGGCCGGUUACACUCGCAGGACGCUGUUUUCCCCACGUCGAACGGCCGACGCAAAGAGAAAGAUCCCGAAGCUCUACUUUCUCUGCCUGAAUUCAUGCGUGAAGCCGUCCCGGAACCAUCUCGACUAAGAAUGCAGAUGGCAGAUUCGCACGCGUUACUCAGCUUACCCGAGUUCAUGAAGGAGCCCACACAUUCAGCUCUAGAGCCUCUGACUCCUCCACCGUGUAAUAAGUCCUCGAAGGGGUAUCGCAGCAGGAGUCUAUCUGCACCUCCCCUGUCGUGGCUUUUGGCUUCUUCAUCAAGACCAUCAUCUCCAGGACAGCUCUCAGAGUCGAAAAGGACGAAGGCCGCUGGGAAGAUGCGACGGGUAGGUUCAUCAGUAAGUCGCAUGCCGGCAUUGCAAACUGGCCUAGACGUUCACUACGUUGCAGAAUACCACGAGAGUCUCCAACAUAUCUUGAUAUUCCUGACAGUAUACGGCUCAGAGCCCGACGUUCCUCUUGAAGCUGAAGUCGUCCCAUUGUCCGAUGUCCCAGGAUUCGAGCGGGAAUGUCUUUGUCUCCGAAGUGGUGCCAGUACGUCCCCAUAUCUGAGCCUUCCCGCACGGGUGCACCCAGGGAAGAAGGAGGUACAAGAGAUAGGAGGACAUUAUCAAAUUAAGCUCGCUGCUGCUCCCUCUACUCCCACCGGGACUCCUACGAGCAGUGCAUAUCCUUCCAUGCAUGCGGCCUUACUGGACGCUGACCAACUCUCCGAGCUCACUCCGACGGGCUUCGUCUGCGCGUCGUGCUCUCUGCCGCUUGUGCACUGCUCCCAGGUGAGCAAGUUCAAGGACCUGCCGUCCGAGCAUUGGGCCGAGCUUGUAGAUGCGUGGAUGUGCCAUUCGGAUCAGAAGCUGCAUGAAAACGUUACGAGGCAUUCCAACGAAGGGUUCUGGCCUACCAAGGGUCUUGCGUUUGUUGGCGGUAGUUACAUUCUUUUCGACGAAUCUGCUGUAGUGAAAAGCAACUUCUGGCCUUCCAGCCAGGAGACGAAGUCUACAGAUGAUUGGCAACGUGUUCAUUGCAUAUGUGGAGCAGUCAUUGGACGAUGUCAAGAUCAUCAGCCGAAGGAUGCACCAUGUUCUAUCGUUUAUAGGCUAGCGAAGUAUGCCGUUCGACCUACGAAUCCCGCAGCUGAACCUGCGAGAGUGCCUCUAUCCGCCUUUAUCGCAGAAGACAUGAAUGAGUUUGUUCAAGCUCACGCAACUUAUCGCUUUGUCAUUCUUGAUGAGGAAGAUGAAAGACCCCGUAUUCUUAUGUGGUUGUUCAAGCCGAAUAUGCGAUUGGCAUACAUCACGCCCGCGCAGUAUGUCAUACCGAAGAGCGGAUCCAUUCAUGCAGCAAAGGUGCUCUACAAGGUCCUGAAGCCGUCCAUAGCAUUCUCAGAUCUUCCAGCGCUUACAAACAAGUAUCCCGGGUUCCCUCAAGCGGAACAUCUCUACUAUCCCAUAGAUAUAUGUCGGCGACUGGGCAACUUGCUGAAGGAAAGCACGACAGCUUAUCCGGAAAGCCUGCGGACCAUGACUGGCUUGAGCGUUGGCUGGCUCCAGCGUGCAUAG